AUGGAUGGUGAUAUUAUUAUUAAAUAUGGAGAUCGUCGAAAUCGUUAUUCAAUGAAAUUUUGUAAUCAAAAGGAUAUUCAAGAAGGAAUAGUUAGUAAAUUCGAAAUUGAAAAAAUCAAUACAGAAAUGGAGACACAAGGAGAAUUAGCGAAGCAGUUAGGAAAUGAAAUUGACAAAAUUCCAGAGUUAAUACAAGAAGAAUUAACGGAAUUAGCGACACAUUGGGAAUUGAUCGAUAUUGGUUUGGGAAUAGUGGAAAAAUCGAAAUUAUUUCAGUACAAAAAUAAUGUUGAUGUAUUAUAA